CGCCGCCGCCCGGGUACCGCGCUACAUCCCGCCAAUAUUUAUAUCCUUCGAGGGAUGAUCACAAAUAGAAUGUCAGUGUGAACUCGCGCUGUUAGCUCGCGACCUGUGUGCUUACCGAUGUGUUCCUACAUUUGUUUACUACAACGAAUUUUAUAGUAGAACAUGCUUUACCAUACCACGUUAUUUAUUCACGUUCACCCUUGGUUGUAGGAUGAGAAGACAUUAGUUAAAGAAAUUGGGAAGCCUUGACAAUGGCGUAUUACCGGUGCGGGCCGACAGCCAUCGGGAGCCGCACCUCGUGGGGCCCGGUCACGUCGCCCACCUCCGUGGAGCCCAAGAGCUAUGAUAGGCCACUGAGCGGCAACUUUGAUAGAAUAUUUAAUGCUUUUGAAAGAACCAAUGCCUUUGAGUAUAUCCGUAACUCUUUUGAGGGAGGAAAAGAAGAAGAGGAACGCCAUAUCGGUCAUGGAGACAUCAUAGUGAAUAGAAAGAUGAGCAGCAGCUUCGAGCGGGCAGACUGCGCGCUGGCGGCGCAGACUCCCUGCUCGGAGGACGAGGACUUCUACCGGGAGAAGAUACUGUACUCGCAGGCGAGGCAGCUGUUCCCCUUGCAAGAGGACCUGGCCGACUGGAUCAACAAGACCAUCGGUAUAACAUACCUAACGGGAGAAAACUUCCUGGACGUGCUGGACAACGGCGUGGAGCUGUGCCAGCUGGCUGCCGUCAUACACGACCGCGCCAGGGAGGCGCUCGACCAGGGACUCAUUGUUGGGCCGGUGCCCCAGAUCCGCGGGCGAUGCUGGCAGCGCGCGGCGCGGCGCAGCUUCUUCUCUCGCGACAACACUGAGAAUUUCAUCACAUUCUGCCGAGAACUCGGGGUGCAUGAAAACCUGCUCUUUGAAAGCGAUGAUCUUGUGCUGCACAACCAGCCGCGGCAGGUGAUUCUAUGCUUGCUGGAGGUGGCUCGGCUCGCCACCAAAUUCAACGUGGAGCCGCCGGGCCUGGUGCAGCUAGAGAAGGAAAUCGCGCUGGAGGAACGGGACUCGGGGCUGGACUCCGCCAUGUCGGCCACCGCUUGGCAGUUCAGGGAUGCUACGCCACCACCACGGGAUGAAAAGUCCUCUACGGAAGUACCGCCAAAGACACCGGACCCAGACUCGCAAUUGUCGGCGGUGGACAACGCAGACGCAGAGAGCACCAAGUCGGAGGGAACUGUCGCCAGCACUGACUCCGACGUGCCUCUCAAACCCACCAAUGAACUUGACAAGAGGGUCCAGUUGGUGACCCGGCUGAUGGAACGCGGCUGCAGCUGCAGCUCGGGCAAGUGUUCCAAGCUGUUGAAGGUGAAGAAGGUUGGAGAGGGUCGAUACAACAUCGCUGGGAGAAACGUUUUCAUCAGGCUGCUGAAGGGGCGGCACAUGAUGGUCCGCGUGGGCGGAGGCUGGGACACGCUGGAGCACUUCCUGUCGCGGCACGAGCCCUGCCAGGUGCGCCUGGUGACGCAGGGCCGGCGCGACGUGCUGCCCGUGCCGCUGGCCGACGAGCCCGCGCCCGCACUCUCACCCGCCAGCAGUAGAGCCUCGCUCACUAAGGAGUCCUCCGUAGCCGGCACUGUCUCACCCGUCGAUAGCAAAGCUUCCUCCAUCAGCGGCAAGGCGUCUCCCGUGGAGCUCCGCAGUGGCCGAUCCACACGCGCCUCCAGUAAGGCCAGCAGUGGCAAGAGCUCCCCGCUGCCAGACCCGCGCCGUACCUCUACACCUGUCAAACCGACCUCCGCCAGGAGCUUGCGGUCUGCUUUGACUCUCCCUCUGCGAGCCGAUUCAGUAGAUGGGCGAUCGCCCAAAUCUCCCGCAGUGCGCAGCAGGAAGCAAUCUGCACCCUCCAGCUUCAGCACCCCCAAUACUCCGACCGGUAGAUCUGUUAGAACGCCUCCCGUAGAGCACAGGAAAUCACUCACCUCCGCUGCUUUAGCCUCCACGCCUACCACACCCAAGAAGUCACGUAGUAUGAGUCUGGCACACGUACAGAAGGACGACAAGAGGACAUUUUGCGGUACUGACCGACUGAACCAGGUGAAGAAAACCAGGAGUACCAGUGCAGCUACCACUCCCACCGACACCGCGGCCGCCAGGAAGACCCGCAGUCAGAGUCUCGCUUCCACUCCCGUAAAUGAGCCCAAAAAACAGUUUAACGGGUCCAAUGGCUAUUCCAAAAAGACUAGAAGUAUGAGUUUGGCGACUCCUGUCGACUUCAAACCACUGAACAAAAGUAUUUCUGUAAAUGGAGCGAUGACGCAAGCCGCCAUCGAGGAGAGUAUCAGACUGUCGCUAGCGGCCACCAUCGCCGACGACACUUCCUCCAAGAAACCAUUUUUACACAUAAAAGCCAAAUACAGAAGUCCCCCGCCACGGGAGGUCCCGCCCAGAUAAUUAAUACACGCGUCAAUUAUUCAUUCCACUAGUUUUAAAGUUUGACACACUAAGCUAAGGCAUCGGUAUUAAAGUUCAAUUAGUUUUGGUAAUGUAAGCAUUAUUUAGAUCUCUUAACUGAGCAAUCUCGUCUUUAUCAUCUCGUAGAGUAAGUAGUCACACGUUCAAGCACUCCAUCUGUACGCGAGACGGAGAACUAGUCAUAAUGAAUUUGUUAUUGUAAUUAUAAUGAUACGCUACGAUAUGUUUACUUUAAUGAUAAUUUCCAAUUGCAAUAAUUACUGCUAAUCUGAUUAUUCAUUGUGUUUCGAAUCUUUAUUAUUUCUGAGAAUUAUUUUAGUUUUAUUUUCUUUACGUGUGUGUGAUAUAAUUUUAUAAUUUCGCAUUUUUUUCAUUUGACAAUAAAGUAAGUGAUUAUGUAGAAUUUGUUUUUGAAGUUGUGUUUAUUUUAUUUUGAUUUGGAUUCGGUGAAGCACAGUAAUUGAUAAUAUAUUGUAGUUAGGAUAGCGACACACGAUUGUGGCCUCACGCGCAUGCGACCUCCACGGUACAAAUAUUGUUGUAUAAUCCACACAAGGUAUAUUUUCAUAUGAAAUCGAUAGAGGAUAUUUUUGCACUGACGAUAGGUAUACAAGCACUAGAUAGACACUAUUGAGUCCUGCGACACUAAACGUAAGUCACUGUGUUCAUUAUCAUUACUGUACGAGUACGCCGAUAGUGAUAGUCUUAGAUGUCAAGACAGACUUAAUAGUCGUUUAUUAUUAUUAAUAGCUUUUUGAAAUUAACCAAAUCUUCCCUUAAAUAUAAUAAGAGAGAAUGUUUGAAGCUCGUGAAUCCAUAUAUCAGUAUAAGGUUAGUCUCCUUGACGGUCUUCCAAGUUAUGCUGUGUCAGUGUAACAAGUUAUCAACUAUGCUAUGCAGCAUAACUACAAUAAAUUAUUGGUCCAUACAAGGUACGAAACGUACGAGAAAAAUAUAACGUAUACCUUAUUACAAUGUGGCCCUUCUCGAAUAAUUUACCUUAUAUCAUGAUAAAAUGAUUGAAACAUUUUAUUAGUCCUAUUGACAGUAUGUAGUGUAGCUUUAGACUUGGUGAGAAUAAUAUUAUAAUCGGAGCUUAGCAAUAUACUAUACAGAGUGAUAUACAUGUAACUGCCGACCUACCUAUCUGCAAUACUGUGCCAACGUUUAAUAAUGUAUGGUUGAUAAUAAACUUUUUGAUAUUCAAUUAA